GAAUCAUGAAAUGUUAAUUAAAUUAUCAUAUUUUAUUCUUCCAAACGUUAAUUUUAAAGGAAAUGAAUUAAUUUCUCACACUUUCUCAUUUUUUACACUUUUUUACACAUUUCUCAAUUUUUACACAUUUUCAAAUUCUUACACAUUUUUACACAUUUCUCAAUUUUUACACAUUUUCAAUUUCUUACACAUUUUCAAACUCUUACACAUUUCGCAUACUAACUACAAUUUUCCAAAUUCUCAUAACUAAAAUGUGUUAUAAGAGGUGAUGAGGUGUGGAUUGAGUAAGUAUGUGAUAAAGUUGACUUUGGUGUUGGCUGGGUUAGUGUUACUUGGCGCCAUUUUUAACCUCGGGAACAUGACCGACCUAACUUACAACGCCAGACAAUCCAUUCUCUCACUCACAUCCCACUCAACCAAUCUUAUCAAUCAAAAUACUAAUCUAACUGAUCAUAAUUCCAAUCUUACCGAGCAAAAUUCUAACCCUAAAGAGAGUAAUUUUUACCCUACCGAGAGUAGUUCUAAUCUUACAGAGGGUAAUUCAGGGUUGAUUGAUAAUAAUGUUGAGGAUUUGGAGAAGUUUUAUAAGGGUUUGAUCUCCGGAGUGGCAGAAUGGAAAAUACCCCGAAACUACUCUCUCACCCAAGCCAACUUAACCACUACUCAAGAGGAGUAUGAUCUGUUGGAGAUGCGUGAGAGGGAGUUGAUGGAAGUAAGGCUCAAGGGAAAUGUCAAGUUCACUCUUAAAUUAGUCAAUCAAACCACCAAAAUUAACACCGAGAUGAUAAAGAGUGUGGAAAUGAGUGACGUGGGCGUGUGGGAAGUGUCUGAGCAAGUGACCGUCAACAUUGAAGAAAGGAAAUACCUCUACAUAUCAUCAAUUCUCUCCAUCGUAUUCUUACUACUCUUACUAUGUGUUAAGAGGACGAAAAUGAUCUUUACCAUUCUUGGAUUUCUCAGCCUGUUUCUCGGGAUUACAGCCGCUAAGCUAUUUUUACCCCCAAUACUGACUGGGAGGUUGUUGGAGUUGUAUGUGAGAUGUGUGGGAUAUUUGAAACCCCUAGCCUCAGUGUGUAUAUUAAUAGUUUUGAUCUCGUAUUACUUCCACCAAGCGUCGGAACUCGGGAAAUACAACGAAAUGCACCUGAUGUUUUCACACCAGUUUAGGAACCUAGUGGUCACUGUUAUCUCCGUUGUGCUGUCAAUUUUUAAUCAUAAGAUUGCGGUGAACGUGGUUAAUUGGUUCAUCUGGGUACCCAUCCUGCAAUGCUACGUAUUCCAAAAUUAUCAACAAAUCAUUAAUCGAAAAUGUAUACACAUUGUUACUCAUUCUCUAACUAAAGAAACUAAAGAGACUGAGCAAAUUGAGUUGGUGGGCGAGUUUGAUGUGUUGAAGAUAGAGGAGACGGAAUCGUUACAGGAGUACUCCGACUUUCACCAGAGAAGAAGAAAGAACUUCAGACCAUACCUUAUGCUAUUAUAUUUGAUCUUGUUUCUGACAUCACUUGUGCUCUGUUUUAAGAAUACCAAUUACUUCAACAGUACCAAGGAAAUUGACGAAGCCAUGUCAGAUUCCUUCUACGUCAAUAUGGAAACACUAAAUAUACAAGAUUUUAACCUGGAUCAAGAUAACAUCAACUUCACAAUUACCAAAUCUUUAGAGAGAGUGUUGUUGGAUGACAUAAGUGAGAUAACGACGGUUGAGUUGUUGAAUGGUUGGAUUGAGUCGUUUCUGAAGAGGAUAACCUUCAAAAAUUCGUUAAUCGUGUUUAAGGAUUUGGACAACCCUACCGAGUACAAAUUACUAAACCAAGACAAUACCAAAGAUUUAACCAAGAUUAAUCUUAGUUUAUUGUUCAUUUUUCAAGCCAAUAAUCAAAUUACCACUGCAGAGAUAAAGAUCGGCUCGUCUAAGGUGAGUACGACGUUGAAGAACUUGGGGAUAAUAACGUUUGGCCUUGUGCAGAAUAAAUAUUUGGGAAUUCUUAUCUUCUUCAACUGCUUAGUGCUACUGGCCGCUCUGGCAUUCACUGGUGGUAAAGACAAAUCCAAAUUCAAAGCCGCGAUUAUUAUUUUAUUAUUUAUUAUUAGUCUUUGCUUCAGUAUUGCUUUCUUCUUUCUCAUUCCUAAACUUUUAUACAACAUUGAUACGAAUUUUAUUAAAGACCCGUCGGUUUCGAUGUUGAGCGAAUUUCUAUCCCCCUUGUUGAAGUUAAUAUUCCUUAGAAAAGCCGUUACUGUCAUCGUUUUCAUCUGUUUAGUACUGUCUGUCGUUUAUUUAAUUAUUAGUUUACCCAAGGAAUACUCAACGUUUAACGAGAACAUGACCAGUGUUAAGAGGUCAAUUAACUCAGACUGGAAGAAUCUUAGGAUUCUACUCUAUCAGUUUUUGCUACUUUUACUUAUUUCGGCCGUUAUAGGCCACGAAUCGUUUGGGUAUAAGUAUGACGAGUUCCGUAAUGAAUUACUGAGUUUACGUUACAAUUUCAUAAUGAUGUUUAACAAGUUCUUGAUAGAGCCUAGGCCUGACAUUAGGAGUUUACUUUACUGGUACCACAGGGUUGGGAUUUUCGUCUUUUACAACGUUGUGCUCACGGGAUUUCUGGCCACAUUUUACUUUUACUCUUGUAGUAAAAGAGGACAUUUAUUCAGUAGGAACAAGAACUUUUUCGUAUUUCCCAAGCCAAGCGACUUCAACUUCGACGUUAAAAUUAAAGCCACCUUUGAAGAAAUUUUGGCCUUUAAAGUCUUUUUAGAAUCGUUCAAUUCCUACAAAGAACACCUCAAAUCCACCGAAAACAAUGAUGUUAGUGAGAGGUUUGUGGAGACAUUUAGUCAGAAGAUGCAUGGGUUGAAUAAGUUAACGUUUAACGGGGAUUUGUAUGUGUAUUUCGAGCGUGUUAAGCGGUAUCUCCUGUGCAUAAUAUUCCUGCGCAUUAAGAUCAAUUCCUUCACCGAGAAGAUUAAAGCGCUGGAACUACAAAAGGACAAGAUCAAAAAUAGAAAUGACAACAAACGAACUUAUUUGAUAAUGCUAAAAAAGAAACUCUUCGACACUACCGAAGAGGUUGAAAAGUUCAAAGCAAAGUAUAAAAUUCUACAACUCAUACAGGCAAACCAGCCUGUUAACUCAGAUUCUGUAAUAUCUGAUCCUGUAGUACCAAAAUCAGUAGUACAGGAGACUGAGGAGAUUAAGAAAUAUGACACAAAAGAACUAAAGGAGUUCUUACUAAUCCCAGAACUAAACAAUUGUAACACUGUAGAGAGUGUGGAGAGUGUAGAGAGUAGUGAUAGUGUCAGUAGUGUUGAUGAUGACACUGGAGUUGAUAGUAUUGAGAGUAUAAAAAAUGAAGUAAAAACAACAAAUGAAGUAAUAAAUGAAAGAGAAUGCAGUGAAAACACUUUAAAUACAGUUGAGAGUGACACAGUUGAAGCGGCGAAUGUAGUUGAGGAUAGUACUCCUGACAAAAGUAAUACACCAGAUGUGAUUGAGAAUGUUAAAAAGAUGAAUAGUGAAGUGUUGGAAAGGGUUGAAACUGAAGAGAAAGUGGAAAUUGGAAUUUUCAAGACGAAAAUUCUCAAAUCAAAAAAUUAA